ACCACUUAUUUUCUUCCUCUUUUUUUUUUUUUUCUCAAAUGUCCCAAUAUUAUUAUUCUUCAAUGGAAGAAAAUCACCACAAAGAAAUAAUGCAGCUACUUUCUUGCACUAAUACAACUAAUCCACACUCACACACUGCACCUUCUCCUUCUUCAUUAUCACAGCCUCCGACGUCUUUCGACGGCCCGUCGCUCGACCUUCAACUUUCGAUAAGCGUGGGCCCGCUCAAGCCGCCCCCGCCUCAUCAAGAACGCGUCUUGGUAAGGAAAGUUCGAAGGAACAACAACAACAAGAUGGAUUAUUCUUCGGGCGGUGGCAGUGGGGUGGAGUAUCUGAAAUGGCAGGCGGCGGAGCAGAUUCGGCUGGCGGCGAUGGAGAAAGCAUACGCGGAGCGCGUGAGGGAGAUGACUAGGAGAGAGAUGGAGAUAGCGCAGUCGGAGUUUGCGCGCGCGCACAAUAUGUGGGAGAGGGCUCGGGAGGAAGUCGAAAGGGCCGAGAGAAUGAAGGAAAGAGCCACUACUAGUACUCUCAAGAUUGAUUCUUCUUGCAUGGAGAUCACUUGUCUUUCUUGCAGCCAGAAUUUUAGACCUUAAAUAUAUAUAUAUAUAUAUGCUAACUUAUAAAUUAAUAUGGCUUUUAUUUUUAUUUUUUUUAAUUAAAAAAAUUAAGUUGGGGUUUAUGGAAUACUCGAUGAUUCUUCUUGAUUAAAAGAAAAAAUAAAUAAUAUUGGGUUGAAGUUGUAUUAUAAUUUAUAUUUUAUACAAGUUCGUUGGAAUUUUUUUUUUAUUUUUUUUGUAAUUUUUUUUAAUGUUUGUUUAGUUUUAAGGUUGAUGUAAUGAUGAUUUUAAUUAUUCUAGGAAGAUCAAUUGUGUUAGUUUCCUUUGUAAUGAGAAGCAUAUUUUGAAGUAGUUGAGGUUGUGUGUAUGUGUGUGUGUAUGAAUGCAUGAUGAGGCUAAUAAUGCAGCACAUGCAUUUCUUUUUUAUGCAAUAAUAAAUAAAUAAAUAAAUAAAUAAAAUUUUAUUGUUUUUUUUUCA